CGGAAAAGUGCGCGGAGGACGCAGAGAGGGACAAGAGGGUGCGCCGGAGCCCUCGUCACGCCCGCAUGCCCAACGUGCAGUCUCCGGGUGUUCAGCUGAUCGCGAGUUCUGUGAUUCCCGACGUCGUAACGAGCAUAGUGCGCUGCGUUCGCAGCACAUGCCGUGAAGGAUCAUCCCCUGGGACCUGACCCGAGGAACCUGACCAAGUUAGACCACCCCAAUUGUGUCCGUGGUAACCCCGUUCGCGAUGUCACGGUGAUAGCCGGGUGUACAGCUUUGGAGAACCUUUUCCUCCACCCAUCCCCACUUGGUCGCCCCUUUUUCAUCCGAUCUCGUGUCAAUAAAGCGCGGAAGGAGUCCGGAAGGAAGAGAUAGGACAGUGGCCAGCCUUGCGGCGUGUAACCACACGUUUCAUGCACCUCUGAUCCACCUGAUGUCGGUGAUCGUCGGUAGGGUGGACUGAGGCACCAGGACUAGCCGCUCCUCAUUGCAGGCCAGUUAGGAGUAGCACUGUUGGCCACGCUCCAUACUUAGGACAGGCUUGUUUAGGAUGGCCAACGAAAGGACACAGAGACCUUACAGAACAUCGUUGCCAGUCCCGGGUAAUUCGGAAGUGAAUCUCUGCUCGGUGCUGUCACUGGGCAAGGAUCUCAGCAAGAUCACCAUGCCGGUUAUUUUCAACGAACCACUUUCCUUCCUGCAACGGGUAGCGGAGUUCAUGGAGUACGCGAAGCUGUUAAAGAAAGCGGCUCAAGAGGAGUCUCCCAGUAGAAGGUUACAGUACGUCGCCACUUUCGCUGUCAGUGGUCUUGCCUCCAACUGGGAAAGAUACGGCAAACCCUUCAACCCUUUACUAGGGGAGACUUACGAGUUGGUGCGCGAAGAUUUCCGAAUAGUCUGUGAGCAAGUGUCCCAUCAUCCACCAGUGUCUGCGUUCCACGCAGACGGCGAGGACUUCGUGUUCCAUGGCACCAUUCGGCCAAAGAUGAAGUUCUGGGGCACGUACAUAGAGAUCCACCCGAUAGGCUCUGUCACCGUCAAACUUCCCAAAUGGAAGGAAGCAUACACUUGGGAGAACAUCGACUGUAUACUGCACAACGUGCUGAUGGGCCAGCUGUGGAUGGAGCAUCUAGGGUCCCUAGAGAUCAAACAGAUCGGCGGAGCUAACCUAAAGGCGAGUCUGUCGUUCAAAAGCACCUGCUAUACCGGGAAGGACCUGCACCGUGUCGAGGGCUUCAUAACGGAUCGAGAGAAGAGGAAGCUCGUGUUCCUUUAUGGAAAAUGGACGGAGAGGUUAAAGGCGUGCGAGCCCACGUUGUACGAGGAAGCCUUGGAGAGAGUGAAGCGCGAGGCAAAGAGUCCUCAAGGCAGUCCUGGCCACAAGAAGGUCCUCGCCAAGUUGCACAGCCUCAAGGUCGGAGCCUUCAAACCGUCUCACCAGGUAAAUCUUUUCCAAUCUUGUAAGGAUACAGUUGACGAUCCAUCGACUAGCAUAGAUGCAGAUGACACUCCAACGGUCGACGACAUUCCUAGAUCGAUUACUCUUUGGGAAGCUACACCAAGGCCGACUAAUAGUUCAAUGUAUUAUGACUUCACAACGUUUGCAAUGUCGUUAAAUGAACUGACACCGGAAAUGGAGAAAACGAUAUGUCCGACAGAUUCGAGAUUUAGGCCGGAUAUUAGGAAAUUGGAGAAUGGCGACCAAGAUGGAGCUGCGAGUGAAAAGUCGAGACUGGAGGAAAAGCAACGAGAAUCGCGUAAAGCUAGGAAACAUAAGAAAGAUGACGAAUGGACACCGAGGUGGUUCCGAUUAGAUACGAACUGGUAUACGGAACAAACGGACUGGUUAUACAAAGGUGGCUAUUGGGAUCGUAACUAUUCCAACACGGAAGAUAUAUUUUAAUGAAAGUCUAGGUCCCAAUCC